AUGAGAUCCCCCAUCCAAGAAGCUGGCUCCCUUUGCGAAUAUCACUGGCUAUUCUCAGACGAACUGCCGGAAGAAUCCCUCCCCGUUUUCUACCCCAGAGUGCUUAACUUUGGGCAAUCAAGCACCCACUCUUCACAGGGGUCGCCAUAUCAACCUCGGCCAAGGUUCAGACGAGAACAGUCACACGAGCAGGACAGUCCGGUUUUCGUCCCGAGAAACUGUCCGCCCUGCUAUUUCAAUGAAGAUGAGACUGCUGCCAAGCACUCAGCAGAUUCCAUUGCCAGCCCAUGUCUGCUGCAACCCUCAGAGGCCCCUGGCGUCCCGCUCGAAUCAUGCCACGGAGAUGUCUCGGCCUGUCUGAAGAGACAGGCCGAGACAUCUCAGGAAUAUGAUAGCCAUACGCGAAAGUAUAUGCGAUUAUCAGAAACUCGCCCUAACAAUAUCACCGAGUCCAAUAAUUCCGACGCGUCAGCAGACUUCACGCCAAGUACGGCGUCGCCUUCAUUCCAGUUCUCCGGUCCACUGAGCGGCCCAAGUUAUUCGAGCUUUGAUCAUCUCCUGGAAAUGCAAAGAUUACGUGCUCAACUUGCGAUUAGCGAGGCGAGGAAUGCACAAGCCCUGGUUGAGUUAGCAGACUCGAGGAACUGCAUCGAUUUCUUAUUGAACGAGGUGCGAAGGGUGAUUGCAUCAGGCGGACCAGAUCGCCAAAUUCCGGAAAAAGUCCAGCGGAUCAUGAGGAACACCGAAACUCGCGUCCCGCUCUUUACUCGAGCUUCGCCCGUGAUCACCCAUCCGACCGUCCCGUCGUCUUCUCAUCAUCUUGUGUCACCUGUGCUCCCUGAUCCGGCCUGGAAUGAGCACCUCGAUCCAAGGAAUCCGUACUCGUACUACUUCUCUGAACAUUCGAUGGUCGGUGCCUCUACGCAACUUGAGCUGGCUCCAGUGGCGCUCCCGACCUCUUCGCAGUUGGCACCGCUCCCAAGCUUUCAAAGCUUUGAAUCGAUUGUACGGAGCGGCGAAGAGAGCUCGACCAGUUACGCCGAAAUGUCCCGGUUGGCGUCCGAGGACUACAUCCCAAGCCAACCAACAUCCUCUCUAAGACAGCCCCCUCAAAAUUCUCAGCCCACUGGAGGCCGAUUGGUAACUGAUUGGAGUCACGCCCGUCUGGAUUCUUACCUCAGUCUCUAUUACUCAGAGCCUCUACCUUCGAACGAUACACUUCAGGAAGACCGCGGGAACAUGAGCUCCCAACACUAUCAGUUGCGAUCUAUUGGCAACUGA